AUGGCCACCCAGUCGAGCUUGGAGAAAGAGCAGCAGCCACAGCAGGGUGAGGUGCCUGCAGAGCCGAAGAACGGCGUCACUUCUGCGCCUGGCGACACCCAUGAGACCGAGAACCCCGAUCCUAGUGCCUUGGUUUCCAGCGACUCCGGUGACCGGUCUCCGUCGGGUGGCGGCGCUCCUCAAGGAGACACAGUGAGUUCGUCCUGCGAUGUGGCCGAUGCCGGCACCAUUUCGCUCACUGGGGCAGAUGCGGGGCCGCCCUCGGUGGAGGGUGUGCAGGAGAGAGGGUGCCCCGACCUCCAAGGCGGCGGAAGUUCCCCUGCGAAGCUGAUCUGUUUGGUGCUCGAGACGGGCCAAGGCAUCCAGAUCGCACCUUCGGUCAGUGGAGCCGCCAUCGGGCAAGCAGCAGGGGGCGCUGGCCAGCGUCCCACCCAAACCACGAGCCCGGGGAAGAGCAGCGGGAAGAAGCGGCCCCGCGGUGAGGAGGCUGCCCCACUUCAGAAGCUUCCACGGCGUUGUCUGUUUCCCGGGGCUGCCGGGCCCCAGUGGUCCAUGCCUUCACCACCAUCUUCUCCGAGGUCUGAGCCCAGCAGCUGCGGCCAUUCUCAGGCUUCUCAGCAGAGCAACGCAUCGCCGCCGCCGGGUCCUGCCCUCCGAAGCAAGACCAAAGCACCAGGCCCUGCUCUUUGCAGUCAAGCAGCCAGGCCAGGCCCUGCCCUCCGCCGCCGCAGCCACGCCACCGCAUCGGGCCCUGCUCUUCGCAGCCGUUCAUCCGUGCAAGGCCCUGCCCUCCGCCGCCGCAGCCACGCCACCGCAUCGGGCCCUGCUCUUCGCAGCCGUUCAUCCGUGCAAGGCCCUGCCCUCCGCCGCCGCAGCCACGCCACCGCAUCGGGCCCUGCUCUUCGCAGCCGUUCAUCCGUGCAAGGCCCUGCCCUCCGCCGCCGCAGCCACGCCACCGCAUCGGGCCCUGCUCUUCGCAGCCGUUCAUCCGUGCAAGGCCCUGCCCUCCGCCGCCGCAGCCACGCCACCGCAUCGGGCCCUGCUCUUCGCAGCCGUUCAUCCGUGCAAGGCCCUGCCCUCCGCCGCCGCAGCCACGCCACCGCAUCGGGCCCUGCUCUUCGCAGCCGUUCAUCCGUGCAAGGGUCCUGCUCUCCGCAAUCAAGCAGUCAGUCCAGGCCCUGCCUUCCGCCGCCACACCACGCAGCCAGGCCCGGCUCCUCGUAG